AUGACAAUUAUCUUUACUGAUAGUAAGCCACCUAUAUCACCAGUAGCAACAACAGCUACUAGUAGUAGUAAACACGGGUUUGGUUCAAAACAACAGUUGGAAACACCUCCGGCAUCGCCCAAUAUACCAGGUCAACUUUCACUAAUCUAUAAGAAGUUCAAUAUCCAAGUUGAGCAAUCUUCAUUAAUGCCACAACCUUCAAAGAUCAAACAUGGUAAACCUUUUUCAUGGUGCGAUAUUGAAUACAUAACAAACUCUAAUCAGCUAGAGAUAUUUGCACGAUCACAAGAGCAGACUCUGGAGUACCAUAGCUUCAAGCAAAUGCUCAAGGAUCGAAAUAUUAGCAUAAACGAAUAUAUUUUAAAACAUGAAUUACAGUGGAAUUCUGUCGAUUUGAGGUGUCAGAAACAGGUUGUUCCUCAAGAAUACUCCAUUUCAUAUCCUCAAGAUCUCAUUUUUUUCAAUAGGGACGAUAUAAAGAUUCUUUUUAACAAAUUCCCGUAUUAUUUCGACACUAAUAUAGUUCAUUUAUGUAUUUGGUCGAAAUUAAAGAUUCCCAAUGAUGUCAAUAGUCUUGUUGGUGAUAUUUCAAAACUCACGCGAAAGAUUAUCAAUCGAUAUUUAGAAAAACUUUUUACAAAAAGAGGAAUAUCAAUGGAUCAAGUUAAAUGGUUUAAGAAUUGGACUAGUUUACAAAGUGUUAGAUCCAUUAGUCAUAUUCAUGUGAUUAUAAGGGAUGUGGAUAGAGAAGUUGUCCUUGAAUUGGUUAGUAAUGAGGAGAUGGAUACUCUAGAUUUGGAAGAUUAUAAGCAAUUGCUAGAGGAGCCGGAGACUAGAGGAGCCGAACACUAG